AAUCUGCCAAAAUGAAGACAAAAUGCUAUGCAGACAUACAUGGUAUCACUAGUUAUACAUAAUUAUUAUACAUAAAUCAUUGCCAAAAGCACAAGACAUACUGUUGCAUGUUGGUCUAUAUUAUUAAUGGAUUGAUCAUAUAGAAAUAUAAAACAUUCUUUUAACUACUACAAUGCAAUUACAUGUGGAGCAGGAACCACUGACUCACUGCAUUAUUCUAUAGUAUUAUCAAGACACCUGCUGUUAACUCUUAACUACUUAGGACAGCUCACCAGGUGUCCUAAAUAUUGCGUACAGAACUGUCCGCGUCCCCGUACAGAACUGUCCGCGUCCACGUUCGGUGUGGCGCCAAGCCGGUUACGCGCAGAGUGGACUGAGGUGAUCUCGGGGAAUAACGAUGGAGUUUGUUACAGUGUUGAGACACCGAAGUUUAUUGUUCAAUUUGCUUUUUUCUUUACGGUCAGGGACAGUAUGAGUGUAGACAGAUCCUUUUCACUCUCUAUCCUUGUUUCAAUUUGUGUUUCACCGGAUUCAUCAUCGAGAGGAGGGACAGACGAACGACCUGCUAACUAACCAAGCUAGUCGGUACAGCUCGCCCAAUCAAGCAGGAGAGACCAGCCUCCCCUGUUCCCAGCUGUGUGUCCAUGAAGAGUGACCGGUCUAUGGAUCCUCCUCUAUACUUUAGAGAGGAGACUUUUCUACUGAACAAAGAAACCAACAGGAGAGAUCAGGGUCAGAGAUUCUCAGUUGUCAGUCUUCCCAGAGUCAUCAAACAGACCUGGCCUCCAUAUUCAGUUUGCUUGAAGAGAAAAUUAUGACAUUUGUGAAGAACGAGCUGAAGAUGUUCAAGAGGAUUCUUAGUCCAGAACUCCCACAAGGCUUUGAGAGUCAGAAACGGGAUAAGGAAGUGGUGGAUGCUGAAGAUGAGAAGCAGGAGAGCAGUGCCAGAGAGGGGGCUCUGAAGAUCACACUGCACAUCCUGAGGAAAAUGAACCAGAAGGAGCUUGCUGACACACUGGAGAAAUAUUCAGAUGAGCUUGCUGUGAUUUGCCAACGUGAACUCAAAUCUAAUCUAAAGAAGAAGUUUCAAUGUGUAUUUGAGGGGAUCGCUAAACAAGGAAACCCAACACUUCUCAAUAAGAUCUACACAGAGCUCUACAUCACAGAGGGUGGAACAGGAGAGGUCAAUAAUGAACAUGAGCUGAGACAGAUUGAGACAACAACCAGGAAACAAGCAAGACCAGAGACUCCAAUCAAAUGUAACGACAUCUUUAAACCCUUAACUGAACAAGACAAACGUAUCAGAACUGUGCUGACAAAGGGAGUCGCUGGCAUUGGAAAAACAGUCUCUGUGCAGAAGUUCAUUCUGGACUGGGCUGAAGGAAAAGCAAAUCAGGAUGUCCAAUUUGUAUUUUCAUUCCCUUUUCGGGAGCUGAAUUUGAUGAAAGGGGACAAACACACUUUCAUUGAACUUCUCAAUCACUUCUCAAUGGAAACCAAACAAUCAGGAAUCUCCAUCUACAACAAGUACAAAGUUCUGUUCAUCUUUGAUGGUCUGGAUGAGUGCCGACUGCCCCUAGACUUCCAGAAGAAAAGUAGCCCUGUUCCGCUAGUUACGUCUAGCCAUGUCUGUGAUCUCACACUGGACCCAAACACAGUAAACAGACUCCUCUCUCUGUCUGAGGGGAACAGAAAGGUGACAUGUAGGCGAGAGAAGCAGCCGUAUCCUGAUCACCCAGAGAGAUUUGAGGUCUGGCAGCAGGUGCUGUGUAGAGAGGGUCUGACCGGGCGCUGUUACUGGGAGGUAGAGUGGAGUGGGAGUGGGGCUGAUAUAGGAGUGACAUAUAAAGGAAUCAGCAGGAGAGGAAGGGGUUAUGACUGUGUGAUUGGAUGUAAUGACAUGUCCUGGAGUCUGGACUGCUCUGACAACAGUUACACUUCCAGGCACAAUAAUAAUUCCACAAUAGACGUCCCCUCCUCCAGCUCCCACAGAGUAGGAGUGUAUCUGGACUGGCCAGCCGGCACUCUGUCCUUCUAUAUAGUCUCCUCUGACACACUGACCCACCUGUACACAUUCCACACCACAUUCACUGAGCCCCUCUAUCCAGGGUUUUAUGUUCGGUAUGACACCUCAGCGUCCCUGUGUCAGGUGGUCCCUGUGUCAAACACAACAUGAUGAUUCACUCUAAUCAAGGUCAUGUUCAGUAAGACACACUGGAGCAACAAUGUAGAAUAUCUCUCUAGUGUGUAAACCCCUCAAUCCAGGGUGUUAUGUUUGGUAUGUCUCCUCUUCUGUGUCCCUGUGUCAGGUGGUCCCUGUGUCAGUUUGUAAGGGGGUCCCUGUGUCAUGUGGUCAGGUGGUCCCU